AUGGUCGCCCGUCCGCUUUCACCUUCUGUUCCUGCCGAUACACCUGAUCCCAAGCGGCGCAAGACGAAUGCUGCGGGAUACGAGUUUUAUCCUGGUUUACUGGACGAAACAAAUGUUGCUGGGCUGAAUGCACAGUAUGCUGAAUCUGGGCCUUAUAAACAUGCUGUUGUUCCUUCGUUGUUUUCGGACGAGCUGUUGAAGGCAGUAAAUUGGUUCGGGCUGAUCUUCUACUACGGCCAACUGAGCGUUUCGACAGGUUCACCAAACAGGCGAUCUUGCUUCGUUGUCAUACCUCACGCCCGAGCAGCAGGCUCUUUUCCUUCGCUAUUGAAGCUCCGUGAGGCACUAUAUUCGCCCGAUUUCCGGCAGUUUAUGCGAGAUGUGACGGGGUGUGGACCCCUGUCGGGAAAGAAACAAGACAUGUCGGUUAACUCUUAUAGAAAAGGAUGCCAUUUACUGAACCACGACGACGUUAUUGGUACUCGACGGGUCUCAUAUAUCCUCUAUAUGCCACUACCCCUUGAAGAACCUUGGAAACCAGAAUGGGGAGGCGCAUUAGAGCUUUACCCAGUUAAAACCUUGCCAGAUGGAAGCCUUGAGCCUGAAUGCAAGCCUACUAAAGUUAUACCACCUUCAUGGAAUCAGUUUAUUUUCUUUGAAAUUCAGCCCGGCCGAAGCUUUCACUCGGUAGAGGAAGUGGUUGUAGAUGAGGGCGGUAGUCAGAGACAACGCCUUAGCAUUAGUGGGUGGUUUCACCGCCCUCAGGAAGGGGAGGAUGAUUAUGACCCAGAAGAUGUGCCAAAGGAAAAAAGUUCUCUCCAGCAGCUUUCUACCUCAACCAAAGCACAGCUUCAAUACGAUCUCGGCGUCCCCUCGUCCACUGAAGAAUUGAUACUAAGUGACAACGACAAGGAAUACUUGUCUCAAUUCCUGAACCCCAUCUACCUUGAGGCCCGAGCCAUCGCUACCCUCAAUGCCAAGUUUGCGGAAAAAUCCAGUCUUGACUUGCACAUGUUCCUCAAGGAAACUCUUGCCGCAGAGCUAGAAUCAGGGCUAAAAGAAUUGGACAUCAAAUCCAACAUUGCUUAUCGCUCUGACAAACAGAUACCCUCUCAUGACUAUGGAAGCGACCUACCAGGGUGGGAAUUAGCCGGCCCGCCACACAGACUCAGAUACUAUCGAGACACUGACGAACUCGCGGGUCAAUCUGGGGUUGGCACGAUCAUCCACCGACUUCGUACCGAGCUAUUUUCGUCCGCUGCGUUCCGCUCGUGGCUUGCUGUUGUCGCACAGGUCAUUCCGAUUGGCUAUGCAGUCACAGCACGGAGGUUCAGGCCUGGGCUAGAUUAUACGCUAGCAGGUGCGAAUGAGGACGAGAACAGGCUGGAUGUAUGCUUGGGACUUACUCCCGGCGCUGCGAAUGAGGGUGGAUGGGAUAAUGAGAAUUGGGGUGGAUGGGAGUGUUACAUGGCACCUCACGAAGGGGGAGAUGACCCCGAGGUAUACAAGACCACAAACGCUAAAUCUAAAUCCAGUAAAGCCGCGAGCAAGGAAGCUACGAAAGCUGCUGAUCCUAAAGGCAAGGGAAAAGCAAAAGCUGAGCCAGAGUCAGAUGACGAGGACGAGGACGGCGACGGCACUCUCCUAACUGUAUAUCCGAACUUCAACCACUUGGUGAUCGCGCUUCGCGACGCCGGUGUUUUAAAGUUCGUAAAGUAUGUGUCUGCUUCUGCUCCCGUUAGUCGCUGGGACAUCUCGUCAGAGUGGGAGGUUGCUAUGUUAGGAGACGAUGACGAUAACGACGACGAAGAUGAUAACGAGGCGGGCGAUGAUUGA